AUGAUCACCGAAAAAGAACGAGACGAGGUGGCCAGCCCAGCACUAUGUGACAGAGAAGUGUCUGUUGGAAUAGAAGCUCUCCAAAGGGAUAGAGAAGGAGAAUCAGAAGAGCUUCCCUCUAGCCCUCUACCCUGUGAUGGACAAGUGUCUGGCAGAGUAGAUGCUCUCCAAAUGGAUAUAGAAGAAGAAUCAGAAGAGCUUCCCUCUAGCCUACUACCCUGUAAUGGACAAGAAACUGUGGACCUUGGAAACAACUCUACUUUGGGAAAACCCAAGAGGAAAAGAGAGUCAAGAAAGCUCACAGAUGAAAGUGUGGAUUUUCACUCUCAAAUACUUCCUGUGACCUGUGGUGCAAUAAAGGGGAUGUUAUAUCAAAACAAAUUGGAACAAGGAUCCACGGUGAAGUGUAUACAGGGUGAAGAUGGAAGCUGGUUCACCCCUCAGGAAUUUGGAGUCAAAGGAGUCUGUUCAGGCUCGAAUUACUGGAAGGAUGCUGUGCACUGUGGGGGGAGGCGCCUACGAUGGCUGAUAGAGGAAGGAUAUCUACCUAAUCCUCCAAGAAUAUAUGGCAGGAGAAAACAGAGACUACCAAACUCUCAUGACAACACUUCCAUUGACCUAUGUCCAAGUAACUCAGAUGUGUGUGAGGUGUGCCACAAUGGACGAAAGCUGUUCUGCUGUGACACCUGUUCAAGAUCCUUUCACAAGAACUGUCACCUGCCACCUGUGAAAUCUGAGAGGAUAAAGGCGUAUUCAGCAAGUCAGAAGUGUCACAGGGAAUCUGAGGUCCUGACGAGGCAGAUGGGGCCUGAGGAGCAGUUGAAAUGUGAAUUCCUCCUUGUGAAAGUCUAUUGCCAUUCAGAGAGCUUGUUUUUUAAGAAAGUUCCAUAUUAUUAUUAUAUUAAAGAGGCUUCUCAAAAACUAAAGGAACCUAUGUAUUUGGACAAAAUCAAGAGAAAGCUAAAUAAGCAGAGUUACCCCCAGGUGGAGGGGUUCGUGCGGGACAUGCGCCUCAUCUUUCAGAACCACAGGGCAUCAAAGAAGUAUGCUGACUUUGGCCAAAUGGGACUUAGACUGGAGGCAGAAUUUGAGAAUAAUUUCAAGGAGGUGUUUGCUAUUCAGGAAACAAAUGAGAACAGUUUCGUGGUGUAGUGGGUGCUGUUGGUACCCGGGAAGGUCCCCUGUAGGGGCUGGAUGGCAGUCCGUGACCAGGU